CCUCAACUUCAUCUCUUGAGCAAGUUGAACUUGACGCUCGAACUUGAAGUUGCAAUGUUGCAGGAGGAAGCCCUUCCAAGUUCCAGGUCAACAGCACUCCAGAGUCCAGGCGCUUCUUGAUAUCUUACUGGGACCGGCAUGAAAAAGAAGGCAGGGCAAGUGUGAGCGAAACCACCACGAGAGAGGUCGACGAUGAUGAGGCAUGAUGCAGUUGCUUGCCCAGAAUAAAAAGACCUUCAUCCAGGGAGUUUUGGGCUCUGAAGUGUCCAGACAAGCCCAGCUGACUCAUUCUUGGACAGAUCUAGGCGUACUUGUAUCAUUGGCGGAAGAGAUGCCAAUCAGAAGGGCUUGAUGUUGUGUCGGCAUGAUGUCAGCGGCGAAGCCAAUGAUGUCGGCCACUUCGGUGCACCACCUCCGAGCAUCUCUAGCAGCACUCAGAACAGGCAGCCGCUUUAGACACUCCCAAAUGCCACCACUUUUUCACCCGUUCUCCACAUCAAAGUUUGUCGACCCUAGUUCCUCUGCCCUACCAGCAAGCUUUUUGGAAGGAGCCGCCACCUUCUUAAAAGCACCCCGGUCAGGAAAGAAGGACUGCAUAAUUAGAGCAAUAGCGUCGUCGGCGGUGUCAAGUGCCGAGGCGGCAGUUGCAGAGAAGGGUGCUGACACGGCAAAACGACGGCCAAAGAAAGAGCCGUUGAGCACGAAUGGUGGUGGAGGGGGAGAAAGUUCGGGGCCUUGGCUGUUGGUCGGCUUGGGAAAUCCAGGGUCAAAGUACGCUGGCACGCGACACAACGUCGGUUUCGAGCUUCUCGAUGAGCUAGCUGCCUCAGAGGGGAUCACCAUCGGCGAGACGAAGAACAAGGCCCUGAUUGGGAAGGGGCGCAUCGCAGGCACGCAGGUCGUUCUGGUGAAGCCACAGACGUUCAUGAAUCUGAGCGGGGAGUCGGUGGGGCCGCUCGCACGGUUCUUCAAGAUUCCUGUAGAGAGAGUGCUCGUGGUGUACGACGACCUGGACACAGAAACAGCGGAGCUCCGGUUGAAAAUGAAGGGCGGCCAUGGGGGCCACAACGGAAUGCGGAGCAUCAUCCAACAUUUUAGCGGCAGUCAAGCCUUCCCCCGCUUGCGAAUAGGCAUCGGUCGCCCUCCGGGGAAGAUGCCGGUCGAGCGAUACGUGUUGACGCCUUUCACGGCCAAGGAAAAAGAGGAGAUUGCCGUUUCGAUGGUGAGGGGCUCGGACGCGAUAAGAGCGGUGCUCUCCGAGGGAAUCGAACGUGCAGUUUCGCAAUGGAACGGCGCUCGAGUGAAGGUCUAGGUGAUUUUUUAGCAGCCAGUUUGUUUGGCUGCAAGACGAAGUGCGGCUAGGUAGAGGCCCGUCCGUACUUUUCGCCUCAGAACUUGGACCAUUUUUCAAACAGGGUCAGGGGGAUACUAGAGAGAUGCCUUGGUUGGACAUUUUUUCAAACAGUCCGACGAAUGUAAGUCAUGCUCAACCGAUUGAGUCGGGCGUAUGUUGUCGAAUUCUGAUGGGCUCCUGGCUAUCACCAACACUUGGUCGUGUAUGUACUACUCCGAUACUUUAUUUGUCUG